AUUCUGUGUCGACAUUGCACAAUCUUUGCUACAAACUAGUCCUUUGGAUUUAAGAUUCUUGGAAGGUCACCGGUGCAAAUCAAACAACUCUCUCUCCGUUUGAUUUCACAAUAGGUUUGUGUUCUUGUUAACUCACCAUAGCAAACGCUAUACACGAUUCUUUUGAAACCAGAAUCCUAGUUCUCUAUGUUCAUUUUGAUUCACAUGGCUUGUAGUGCCCUUCACUGAGUUCAAGUACCGUCCUGUUUCCACUUUGCAAAAUCUUCUUGUGUUCACUUUCACAAUCUUCCUGCGCUCGUGGUGAUGGCUACUGAUCCAAUUCUGUGAAUAGGUUGGAUUAUUCUUUGUGUCGCUCGUGAUGCAGAGUGCAAGAAGUGUCAUUCCCAACAUCCACAUGAAUUGUGACGCUGCGACGGGAAGUUUAGUUUUCUUCGGGUGAACCGGGCCUGCGGAUCGAGGAGGGGGCCUCUUGUAGUGCCGGUUACAUUUCGCUCGCGCGACCCCAACCAGCAAACGUUUCUUCCUCUGUGGUAGCGGAGGUUAGAAUGGAAGGUGCCUCCAUAGUCAGUCACGCUGCAGAGAUACGGGGAAUGGACUCCGCAGACGAGGAAUCGGAGCUUCCCUCCGCUGUCAAGAACCUUAUACGACAUCUGGAAGGAAAAGUCGAGCCUAUAGAUUGGCUUAUGUGUAACGCUUUAAGCGGGGAAGAAUUUCGGGAUUUCUUUCCGGAGCGUGAGUCGCUCUCGACGAUAAUAGGGUGGCGAAGCCAAGUGCGCCUUCUAGUGCUGGAGACAAUCGGCAACUGCAACAUGCUUCGGGAUCUAGAUUUUUUCUUAAUUUGUGGCGGAGAUAUAUCGAGGUUGACCGCUAGCGAGUGGGAGAUAGUGUUGAAAGGUUUCAGGUUUAGCACCGUUCUAGAAAGCAUACUCAUUCGUGAUUUGAAAUGGAGUUCAGAUGCAGAAGUGGAGAGCUUGUGUUUACAGAUAGGGAAAAUUCUGAAUACCUCUAGCGUACAGAGUUUGAGCAUAGAACAUUGCAGAUUGAGUGCCAGAUGUUUCUUGAAUCUCGCCUCAGGACUGCGAGGAAAUUCUGACUCUCAACUCCAGUCUUUAAAUUUAGAUGACGCGUGGGAGGAAUCGAGUGCGGCGAAGCAUGUGGCCGAUAUGAUCAACAGUGCUUCUCGAUUAGAAGUGUUGUAUUUACUCCACUUGGACGCCAUGGAGGAAGAGACCGUUGGAAUCCUGUCCCAGGCUUUGAUCCAGAGCUCGUCUUUAAAAUUAUUGUGCUUAGAUAAGGUGGACUGGGGAGUGGCCUUGUUGCUGAACGCUUUGGCCGGAGAUGAUGGCAACCGAUCCAUUGAACGUCUUUCUCUGGGGAAUAUGGAUGGACUCGGAGGCUGUUUAAGGGAACUUCUUACUUCCAACCCAUCAUUGAAGGAAGUGGAGUUGUACCGGUUGCAGAUGAGUCCUGAGGAAUGGCACCAGCUCGGCGAAUUCAUACGUGACAAGGUUAGAGCAACAACUACAACUGUAAGGUGUUACUUAGACCAAAAUGAUAGAGAUGACUGGAAGUCAAUAGAAACUUUUGCGUGUGCUGCUAGCUCUGAUGUCAAGGACCCCAGUGUGGAGCUUGUACUCGAACCUUUGAGUGACCAGGAGUUUAUGUUAUCAUUAAACCUAUUAGGUCGGGUACUCCGCGGGGAAAUCAAUUCCCUAAAAUCUUUCCAUAUAUGGGCGAGACAUCCUCGCACUUCAGGUACCAACCAAGAUAGACCGGAAAGUAUGCUCCCGAUGAAUGGGAAAAGUGGAGAAACUUCAGUCCUGAAGAGACUGUCAUUAAAUGUUGAAAGCAAAGGUCUUUGGAAGGACCUGCUUUGGUGCUUGCGAGGGAACACAAGUCUCACUCACUUGGAUUUGUCAGACAACGAAGGGGCAACCCUUGACGAAGAGGCGUUCAAGGACCUGAUGGGCCUAUUGCAAGUCAACUUGACUCUCCAGGAAAUAGAUGUCUCGGACACCUCAUGGGAAACGGACGGAAAGGGGGCGCAGAUUCAAGAGGCAUUAAAGCAAAAUCAGAAGCGGGCAUCUACAUCAGAGAAGCCAAAUUAACAUUUGGAGAUGCAAAACUGGUCGAGUCUUCUCAUGCGGCUUUCCUAGAGCAAGCAAGACUAAAUGGCGUCAAACCCUGAUGAGAAUAAUUCAAGGCAAAAGUUGGCUUGGGGCUAAAUGGGAUCACUUGUGGCAAACAAGAGGCAUUGAAGUGGAGAUCUUGCAAAACAAUGACAAAAGUCAAGCUUCAAUAUGGAAUCUUGCGGGUCAAGAGAUGUUUCGUACCCUUCAAAGUGUGCUAUUCCUUCAAACUUGCAAUUUCUGUAUUCUUCUAUUUGUGUAUAGCUACUUCUGUGAAAAAAUUAGAAGCCUGUUUUCAGACAGAGUUGGAAGAAUAGUUGAGCUUCAUCACAUCCAGCACUCAGCAGGAUCAUGGGAUAUAAUCGUCCAGAAGUUCUUCUUGUGUUUUCACACAAGGAUAAAAUCAAAUCCAGCUCUUUGACUUGGCCUCAUUUGAUAGUGCACAAGCUCACCAAAAAAUUUGCAAAGUUUGUUGUCUCCACCCUAUUCAAGAGUGUUUGCAUGUGGAUGCUAGGAAGAAGAUGCAAGUUAUUCCUCUCAAAAAUCACAUUUUUGAGAUAUUCGAGAAGUUGUUGAGUGAAAAAUCCUCACGGUUCCGAAUUGUGUUCUCAACUCUCGUUCCUCUUGGUUUCAAAUCCAAGAACAUUAAUUGCCAUCUCUGGUCAUCCCAAAAGUUUUAUGA